GCGCCAAACUAGUUUAGAGAAAUCUUUACACCGCACCCGUUGUAUGUGGGCGACGUCCCCGUUGCCACGCCACAACCCCCUUGAGGUGGUACUUCAAGUUCGGUGGCUACUUCUGUCAGCGUUUCAUUGUGGCGCUCCUCAUUUGAAUGCUCAGUCUCGAUUUGGAAGAGUUUAAGUCAAUUAAAGUGUACGACCAUGUGCUGUCCGGCGGCGUUCCUUGGGUCCCUAAGCACACAACUCAGAUCCGAUAUUAUUCGGUCCACCACGUAAGGGCCUGCCCACUCACGAUGCAGCUUCGCUGGGAUUCCGGCUACUGGUGCCUGAUGCAACUAUACGAGGUUGCCUGCUUUCAUCGGGACACGGAAAACCUUCUUCACUUAGUACUUUUUCUGCCGCCGUUGAGCGUUCGCCAGGUGAAUGCGUGCCGCUUCGUGUGUGUGUCUAACGGAGUCAAGAAGCUUACUGACGUAUUCUGCCACCGAUGGGUACAAUUGUUGUGAUAUCGGCAAUCGAACAUCCGAGGGCAGUCGAACUUCUCUACCUGUCCACAUAAAGGACGGCGUUUGCCCGGUAAAAGAGUGGACCGUAUUGUGGUAGGCCAAUAAGCACUUAGACAACAAAGU